UUCUCGCCUUAACUUAUACUCGUUAAACACGUUUCAUUUUUCAUAUAACGUGCUGCGGUGAUUUCGUCAUGUGUCACAUAUAUCUCGAAACUUUGAAUGUUUACGUAUUCAGUUUUUUAAUAUAACAAUGUUAUUUGUAUUUUUGAAUAGAAAUUAUAAUAUAUACGCAUGGUGCUCUGUUAUUUGUGUUGUUAGUGAUAAUGUUAAUCAAUCUAAGAAAUCCAAAGUGAGCUUUGUUAUCGGACUUGUUUAGGCUUACGAAAAAAUAGAGCAAAUUAUCGUUUGACUUGUGGUCACAUGAGGUUCUUAUUCGCUAUCUCAUUUUUACAGUGAUAUAAUUAUAUAUAUUUUUUUUAAAUAACUUUUUUUAAAUAAGAGCUUCGAAAAUACUCGGAUAAAUAUUAUGACUUGAGGAAUGUGAUGUGACAAUAAAUCGAUAUCGCGAAUUCGUAUUAUGAAUUAAAAGUAUCGUAUCGCGCCGUUUAAUCUAACACGAGAUGAUCAAGUUCAGGGGUCCGUUGGUCCAUCGGGUGAAGCUGGCCUAUCACGAUCUGACGGAUUUUUCUGCGACGAACGAUAUGGACCGCUCGAGAUUGCGCGAAAACAUUAGAUUGCUUGGGGAUGGCGAUGAUGACACCGACUACGAGGGUACGACGCAUCUGGUGCGCGUGCCGCGCGAACAUUCCACGGAUGAGACCAGCACGGUUAAAAUCGGUAUCCAGGGGAUGACCUGCCAGAGUUGCGUAAAGAAUAUCGAGGGAAUGAUCGGCAAGCGAUCGGAUGUCGUCAGUAUCAGGGUAGUCCUGGAGGAGAUGGCCGGCUAUAUCGAGUACAAGACACGCGAGACGACGCCGCAAGAAUUGGCGGACGCCAUCGAGGACAUGGGAUUCACCGCCAGUCUGCCGAUAUCCGAUGAUGUAACGAAGAACGAAACCACCAAUACCCUCACCUCCGUAGUACCUGCCAGCAGAACCUGCAACAUACACGUAGACGGAAUGACGUGUUCGUCAUGCGUUAAAAACAUCACCGGUGUUCUGUCCGAAAAGCCCGGUAUAAAGGACGUCAAUGUUAGUCUGGAGGAUAAGGAAGCCAAAGUCUCUUAUAAUAGCGGCGAUGUAACGGCCGAUCAGAUAGCAGCGUACAUAGAAGACAUGGGUUUUACCGCAUACGUAAAGGAAGUGGACAACAAGGCUGUGAGAUCGCACGCGAUUGCCAAUAAUAACAAAAAAGUGGAAUUGAUACAACCGAACGGCGCCGGUGACGUCAAGGGAAAAUUGUCAAAGUGUUUCUUACAUAUAACGGGUAUGACUUGCGCUUCCUGUGUCGCCGCGAUAGAAAAACACUGUAAAAAAUUAUAUGGCAUAAACAAUAUAUUGGUGGCGUUAAUGGCCGCCAAAGCGGAGAUCACAUACGAUCCCGACAAAAUAAGAGCAGUGGAUAUUGCUUCCAGUAUAUCGGAAUUGGGCUUUCCUACGACUCUAAUCGAAGAAUCCGGGACUGGAGAAGGCGAGAUUGAAUUGAAAAUCUUGGGCAUGACGUGCGCAUCAUGUGUAAAUAAAAUAGAAUCGACCGUGAAGAAGUUGCCCGGUAUACGAUCGGCAGUAGUCGCCCUCGCGACGCAACGGGGAAAGUUUAAGUACGACGUGGAAAAGACUGGUAUCAGGGAUAUCGUCGAAAGUAUUAAUAAAUUAGGCUUUACAGCCAGUUUGUUCAGCAACCGAGAUAAAGAAAAUAGAGAUUAUUUGGACCAGAAAGAAGAGAUAAGCAAAUGGCGAACGGCAUUCUUAGUAUCAUUGAUCUUCGGAGUUCCAUGCAUGAUAGCGAUGACGUAUUUCAUGUUAAUCAUGUCCAUUGGCAACACGACGCACGAGGAAAUGUGUUGCAUAGUACCUGGUCUCUCCUGGGAAAAUCUAAUACUAUUUGUGUUCUCUACACCGGUACAGUUUUUCGGUGGCUGGCAUUUCUACGUACAAGCCUAUAAAGCACUGAAGCACGGCACCACCAAUAUGGAUGUCUUAAUCUCAAUGACCACUACGAUCUCAUAUAUUUAUUCUGUCGCUGUUCUAACUGCCGCUAUGAUAAUGCAAGAGAAUGUCAGUCCACAGACAUUUUUCGAUACCCCACCGAUGCUGCUAGUUUUCAUCAGUCUAGGAAGAUGGCUCGAACAUGUGGCAAAAGGGAAAACAUCCGAAGCUCUUUCGAAGUUGCUAUCUUUGAAAGCCACGGAUGCAGUAUUAGUCACGCUGGGUCCGAAUAAUGAAAUAUUAUCUGAACGUUUAAUAAGCAUUGAUUUAGUACAACGCAAUGACGUGCUAAAAGUGGUUCAAGGUGCCAAAGUGCCUGUCGAUGGCCGCGUGCUGUCCGGUCAGUCGACCUGCGACGAAAGUCUGAUCACGGGUGAGAGUAUGCCGGUUCCGAAGAAGAAAGGAUCGGUAGUGAUUGGCGGUUCAAUCAAUCAGAAUGGACCGUUGUUAAUCACCGCUACGCAUACGGGUGAGCACACAACGUUGGCGCAAAUCGUUCGCUUAGUAGAAGAAGCGCAGACGAACAAGGCGCCGAUUCAACAGCUAGCCGACAAAAUAGCCGGCUAUUUCAUACCUGUUGUUAUAGCAGUUUCUGUAGUGACACUGAUAAUCUGGAUUAUCAUCGGCUACAUGAACGUCGAGCAGCUGCCCUUGUUGCACAAUGAGCAGAUUAAUAAGCAUGGCAUGAAUCGUGAAGAGAUCAUAUUUCAAUAUGCCUUUCGGAGUGCCCUGGCGGUUCUCGCGAUUGCCUGUCCUUGUGCACUUGGCUUAGCCACACCAACUGCGGUUAUGGUCGGCACAGGAGUAGGUGCGUUGAAUGGUAUUCUGAUUAAGGGCGCCGAACCGUUGGAAAAUGCGCAUAAGGUUAAAUGCAUUGUCUUUGACAAGACGGGAACGUUGACGCAUGGUAUGCCGAUUGUCACCAAGAUUGGUUUGUUUGUAAACGAGAAGAUCUGCUCGUUAGGAAAGCUGCUGAUGAUCGUCGGCACGGCGGAAAUAAACAGCGAACAUCCUAUUGCGUCAGCAAUUGUACGUUAUGUGAAAGAUACGAUCGGAUCGGGUGCUACUGGACAGUGCACAAAUUUUCAAGCGGUCGCUGGCUGCGGCCUCAAGUGUAAGGUAUCCCAUCUGAACACUGUUCUAUCCGAUGCUCUAAAAUCUGAGAAAAUCAUCAAUUAUAUAAAUCAGACGAGUAAUGCGCCAGCCGGAACGUACAAUCUCAAUAACGUACCUGUCGAUAAUGUGCCAAUUGUUGAAUCGACGCGGGAGAGACAAAACUUAGAUCUGCAGUUACUGUUAAAUCCCGAUUCGCAAGGCGAUCGAAACAUCGCUGACGACGUGUACGAAGUCUGCAUUGGUAAUCGGGAAUGGAUGCGUCGGAAUGCGAUCAAUAUCCCACAGGAGAUGGAUGCGAGAAUGAUUAACGAAGAAGAUCUCGGACACACUGCCGUCUUAGUUGCUGUAAAUAAUAUCCUGAUCGCCAUGAUUAGCGUCGCUGAUACCGUGAAGCCUGAGGCGCAUCUCGCGGUCUACACCUUGAAGAAAAUGGGAUUGCAAGUGAUACUUUUGACGGGUGAUAAUAGGAAAACCGCGGCUUCAAUCGCCAGACAGGUUGGCAUCAGCAGAGUUUUCGCGGAAGUGUUACCGUCUCAUAAGGUGGCUAAAAUUCAACGACUACAGGAUCAGGGUUUAAGAGUCGCCAUGGUGGGAGACGGUGUCAAUGACAGUCCGGCUCUAGCUCAAUCGGAUGUUGGUAUCGCCAUCGCGUCGGGCACCGACGUUGCCGUAGAGGCUGCCGACGUGGUUCUGAUGCGCAAUGAUCUUUUGGAUGUAAUCGCGUGCUUGGAUCUAUCGCGGAAAACGGUCUGCAGAAUAAGACUAAAUUUCUUAUUCGCCAGUAUCUACAAUCUUUUGGGCAUUCCCAUAGCCGCUGGAAUAUUUAGUCCCGUCGGUCUUUUUCUGCAACCGUGGAUGUCUUCCGCUGCCAUGGCUUUAAGUUCAGUUUCCGUUGUGGGAAGUUCUUUACUAUUGAAACUUUAUCGGAAGCCGACUAAAACCACAUUAGAAACUACGGAAUAUUUAGCAGCUAUACACGCCCACUCCACAGCACGAAUGAUUGAUUUAGACACGAUAUCACUUCAUCGUGGAUUGGAUGAUUCGGUCGCACCUGUCAUGAACAGAUCGACGUCCACAUUGUCCAGAAUAUUUGGAAAGUCGAAACUCGAUGCAGAGGACCAUCUUCUUGGUGAAGAAAUAGACGAGAUUGAUUUGGCUAUGAAUUUUUCGCAUUAUCGUAAAAACGCGAGAGACUCUAUGGAUAUAACUCCCGUAUGAGCCUCUUGUAGGGCUAUGUGACAAGCAUGUUUCUUCCAUUGACAUAUAUUUUUUAAUAAAUUAAUAUAACAUUAUCUAUAUUUUUAAUUUCAUGUCUUUUUUAAUUAACGAAAUUAUAAAUAGUAAACUAAUAAUUUUAAUUUUGAUACUUAUGAUAAUUUUAACCAUAAUCUGCCACAUAUUUAAAUUAACAUUCAUUGGAAAUGAUAUCAUUAACUUGUACAAGACUUUGUUACUUUGUGAGUUCAUAUAUAGAUUGAUGAACAUCUUUUAUAGAUUUUGUAUAUUAAGUGUAAAAAAGAAUGUAUGUCGAUCUAAUUAUGAAUUUUUUACAAUAGUACUUUUUUUACUAUAGUUAACAGAUACA